AUGGCUGUCACCCGAAGUGGUCUUGCUACUGAUGAUUCGACUGAAGCUCAAAAUUUUUUGACCGAAGCCACUCGUCCUGUGAUGUCUAACCCAAGUUCUUCCUCGUACAAAGAUGAAAGCCGUAAUCCUUAUCAUCUCGGUCAUGGUGAUCAUCCGAGUGUCAACUUAGUUCCAAAGAUCCUCACUGGGGGUGAAAACUAUAGUUCUUGGAGGAGAUCGAUGAUGGUGGCUCUUCUUGCUCGAAACAAGGUUCAGUUUGUGAAUGGCAAGCUUCAUCAACCCGAUCCAUCUCAUGAUGAUUAUGAUUCUUGGUGUAGAUGCAACAACACUGUCAUUUCUUGGAUCUUACAUGUUGUAUCUACUGAGAUAGUUGAUAGUAUAAUGUACCUUGAUGAUGCCUCCAUGAUUUGGAGUGACCUCUAUGAGCGAUUCCAUCAAAAUAAUGGUCCUAGGGUGUUUGAAGUUAAACGGACCAUGCAGGCUCUUACUCAGGGCAGUACUACCAUACAGACCUACUUCACACGACUCAAAAUUCUUUGGGAUUCGGUUCGUGAAUAUCGCCCUCAACUUGUUUGUCAUUGUGGCGCAAUGAAAACCAUCCUUGAAUAUCAAGAACAAGAUAGGGUACUUGAAUUUCUAGUGGGUCUCAAUGAUUCAUACUCUGUUGCACAGUCCCAAAUUCUUAUGCAAGAUCCCCUCCCAACCAUCAAUAAAGUUUACUCUACCCUCAUUCAAGAAGAGAGACAGAGAGGCCUUCAUUAUGCUCCUCCUGAACCCCAUGCACCAGUCUCCAUAACUCCUCAUCAUUUUGCUUCCAAUGCCCAAUUCAAUUGGUCCAAAGUGACAUGUACUCACUGUGGUCUCUCUGGUCAUACUAUAGCUAAAUGCUAUAAACUUCAUGGUUACCCCCUGGUCACAAAUUCCAUGGAAAAGGGCGUUUUACGGGCUCAUCCAAACCAACUGCUCAUAUGA